CUUGGAUUCGAAAGCAUCCUCUUUACAGAUGAUACACUCGUCCAAAAUGAAGCAUCCAUAUUAACACAUUGUGAUCGCCGCGCCGUCCCCGACCCAGCACGAUGCUGAAGCCGCCGGAGCACCAGGUGGCGGGCCACCGGGCCCAGGACGGGCAGCUGGGUCCGCUGGUCGAUGGCUGCGGCAUCUUUUACAAGCCACUCCAGGGCGACGGCCGGGGCGACGCCGAGGUCGCCUUCUACACCUCCUUGUUCUCUCACCCUGCCGUCCCUCCCCAUAUCCUCUCCUUCUUCCCGGGCUUCCACGGCACCCUCGUCCUCCCUGCCUCUGAUGCCUCCGGCCCGCGCCCCCAUCUCGCCCUCGACGACCUCCUCGCCGGCCUCCGCUCGCCCUCUCUCAUCGACCUCAAGAUCGGCGGCCGCACGUGGCCCCCCGACUGCCCCGAAGACUACUUCCAGAAGUGCAUCGUCAAGGACCGCGAGAGCACCAGCGUCGCCCUCGGCUUUCGCGUGUCGGGCGUCCAGAUCCAGGAUCCUGCGGGCGCCGACGCGUUCUGGCGCCCCUCCAGGGCCGCGGUGAGGCGGUACAUGGUCGAGGACGUGCGCCGGGUCCUGAGGCAGUUCGUUUCGGCCAAUCCGCCCUCGCCCGAUCAAAAGCCCGAUUGCGCCCUCGCGUCCGCCGUCUACGGCGGGCCGGACGGCGUCCUCGCGCAGCUGAUGGAGCUCAAGGCGUGGUUCGAGGAGCAGACUCUGUUCCACUUCUACUCCGCAUCUGUCUUGCUGGUGUAUGAGAAGGAUGCGGCUGUUGCAGCCGCGGGGCAGCAGGCUGGGAAAUCCUCGGGGGUCCGUAUGAAGCUUGUGGAUUUCGCUCAUGUGAUGGAGGGGCAAGGAGUCAUCGAUCAUAAUUUCUUGGGGGGUCUGUGCUCGCUCAUCAAGUUUAUGUCUGAUGUUCUCAAUGACCCUGAAGCUGGUGGCCGUGAAUCCAUCAAGGUCCAGUUAAGCUGCGAGGAUGGGAGCUUGGAGAACCUUGGCAUUUAAAUGCCUUUACUUAAACCAUUCACUAUAUGGCUUCUGAAAUCAUCAGCAACGACAGUUUCCCAAAAGCUCAAAUUUGGUGCAAUGGUACACUCUAGCUCUUCUUAAUUUAAGUGUGGUACCAAAUUCUGAUCAGAAUAUUUCCUAUGUACCUUAUGUUAGUCGUAUGAUCCAGACAAACUCACCCAAACUUGUCUGCUUUGCUAUUUUGGCUCCUCUGAUGCUCAAUUUUGCAAUUGAGUUCCUCUAUUUGGUUCACAAUGCACUUGAAAUCUUUUAUAUAAUUUGGAACAUGGUUGUCUUCCUGCA